GAAUGGUGCAUUCGACAGCAGGAAUCCCCAAAGAAGCACUUCCCUGCUGCUCGUCUGUCGGGCGAGACUGUCGAGGAGGUGCAGGGAAGUGAUCCGCAUAGUACAGAAGUAGAGGAGGACAGUGUGAUCCUUUCAGGUCGGGCCAAAUGCCAGCAUUCCAGUGGACAAUACGAAGCUAUCUUCUUCACUUCUCCAUCCGCCAUCAGAAUGACCACCUCAGACGGCUCACCAUUUGAAGCAACUAUCAACACAGUCCGUUUCCCCGACUCCCCGUCACAAGAGACGCUUAGUUUCGCGCAAAUGCCUCCAUUCCAGCCGGCACUCUUGAACGGCCAACUUCGGCCCUCCGAUCCCACCGCUUCGCAGACACCAACUCCCAGUUCAGCUCGACCUCGUCCAACGUCUAGAAAGGUCCUUCAAUCAGCCACGAAGCGUGUGCUGGUGCCAGCAGUUGGAAGUGGACAGACGAGCCAAAAUCCAGCAUAA